UUCUCAGAGAUUUCGAGUUAUCCCGAUCCGAUUGUGUCCCGAUCUUCGCGUCGUUUUAACCCAGGUCUGGGCACGGGGUCGCCCUUGCGCGCGGCCGACCCGGAUGUCCUCCGCUGCCUCCCCCGGGGCGCCAUGCGAAGCGCGUGUCUGCCCCUCGCCCUCGCCGCGGCGGCGCUGCCGGCGCUCGCCCGCGCGCAGGGGCGGCGCGGCAAGGGCCGGGGGGGCGCGGGCAGCUCGAGGUACGCGGCGCCCCCGGCCUGGGACCCCGACGACGGGAUCGCGCUGCUGGACUUCGACUUCGAGCGGCACGGCGCACUGCACGACCCCUCCGGCCAGCUGCAGCUGCCGCUGCGGCCGGCCCUGGAGACGUUGGGCUGCCUCCUGGGGAGGAUCUCCCCCGCGCACGGCGGCUCCGAGACGAGGGCGGUCUCCGUCCAGAUUCCCAAGACGGGCACCCGGCACCUCCAGAGAAUACUCGACGAGGAGUACGGGAAGCACCAGUUCAUGACCAGGUGCCACCCCGUGCGCGUGGUCCACCAGCGCCCGCACGUGGGCUCGGAGGUGUUCGAGGAGGACUGGGCGCCGGACGAGUCGUGCAGGAGAGAGGCCGCGGCGGGCGCCAAGUGGGACAAGGCCGUCUGGGAGGCGGAGCUGGUGCCGCGGCUAGCCAGGCGCGGCGUCAAGCUGAUUACCGUGGUGCGGGAGCCCGUGGCGCACCUCCUCAGCAUCGUCUCCUUCCGGCAGGGCUUCGACCCCGAGGGCUCAACGGCACCGUAACGGAUACUUACUAACGGGUACUUUGCACUUUUGCCGAAAGUUGCCACUUUAGGGCCUCUUUCUGGCAAUGCAGCCUUGCCCGCAUCGGGAAGGGUUGGGUUCGCUGGGUCACUGGCCAAAGUACCCGUUAGUGGAGUCCCCGUUUGUGGGGCGUUGAAGGGCGGGGGGGCGCGAAGCCCCGCGGGCCACCCUGCGGGGACAGGUGGUUCCCGACGAGAGACACGGGCCUUGGGAGGCCUCCGGCCGCUCUCGGGCCCCCAGGCAGGGCUUUUCCCUCGUCCUCCUCCUCCUCCUCCUCCUCCUUCUCCUCCUCCUCCUCCUCC